UUGAGAUGGUUGCAUGCAAUGCCAAAAGUCGGGUAUAGACUCAGCCACAAAACACCAGCUGCAAGCUCCUGUAUAUUUUUUGAAGUGUUCGCGGUGCUAGAAUGAAUGAAGCAGCUCUUUUUGGGUCCAGUGAGCCACUGUACAGCCAUGGCAAUGAACUUGUUGCCACGCUGCGCCUCUGUCCACCACCAGUCUGGAGCAUGCCGCAGUCCAUUUCUCACACCUUCAGAGGGGCUUGCGACUCUCAACCCGCCAGCUUGGCAUCAAUGCCAUGCGAAGAGUGGAAUAGGAAAUGGAUUCUUGGGGAGACCUGUCAAUAUCAUUGCCCCCAUGAUUUGCAUUUCGAGAGCCUUAAGAUUAAAAGUGAGAGCGCAGAGAACUGAAUACUCUGCAACAUUUGAAGAUCUUAAGAUCCAAUGUACAGGAGACGUCGUGCGGAGUUAUUUGCACACCACUGCGCUCUCGGCAGAAUUACUUCGUGGUCCGGGUGGAAGAUCCAAAUUUGUAUCACAGGAGGCCUGCAAAGCACUAGUGGAGGCUGAGAGUGUUUGCAAGGGCUUUCUUCCACAAGUUCUCCGUGGAUCUGCCUUAGUCUCGAAAAUCCUUGACCUUCUUGUUGAAUCUUUCAGAGAUGCAGCUUCUGGCAGCAACUCCUUCAGGGCACUGGAGACGCCCCUUCUCACCUUUCACAACAAAGCACCGCUGAAUAUGCGAAAGGCUCUUCAAGGGAGGAUUGUUAGCGCUGCUGGGAAGUUGCUCAGCUCACCGCCGGAAACUUAUCCACUUGGUAUUUCGCUAACGGCUUUGGCUGCGGCAGUGCGAGGGCCAGGCGGGUGCGCGCAGGAAGGCUUCCCCAAUGUGUGGGUGGGAUACUUUAAGUUGUGUUUGUAUUUGUGCCACGUUGGCGUUUGGAAACUGAACAUGUUGGUAGCAAAACCCAUCAUUUGUGGUCCCCUUACGCACCACCUUCGUCAGAGGUGCAAAAACGUAGCGGUUUGUGAUAUUCAAUGGAGCCGAACCCAAAAGGUGCAGAGCCGACACCGCCGCCUGACAGCUGUACAAUGACAAAAACGUGCCACGUGUGCAAGGCAAGGGUGUUGCGCACAGCGACCUUUUCUAGCGCAUAAAUGUUUCACGUAAUGAUGCAAGAUCAUUUAGCUAUUUUUGGAGUGGUUCCUGAAACGACCCACAAAACGUGGUGAAGGGAUUGUUUUUGAUGCAGCUAUAUAGUAUCUUAGUUUUGUCCUGUGUUUUGUUUUAUACAUCCUAUGGAUCCAUUUUUGGCCUUCCCGCGCACAAACCAACGAAUUCCAUGUUUGGAUACAUUGUCCUAUGCCUGCGACAUUUGGAUAGACGACGCUGCUUUUGUAUUCCCGAUCAUGCAAGGACCACCAACUGACUGUCACAUUUAGCUUUUGGUAUUUUUGGAUUGCGGAGGUUUGCUUGUUGCUUUGCUUCGGUCAUGCGGCCUCAGGGGAUGUGUCGAGAUGGAAGCCGCCUGAAGUGCUCCAGAUCCAAUCAGAGAGCCGAUGGAAAAUGCCUGCAGACGUUCGCUCACAGGUGUUGGAACGUGACGGGGAGAGAUGUUGGUACUGUGGCGAAAAACACACCGAUGGAACAAACACUUUAACAGUGGAUCAUUGGAUCCCUCUUUGCAGAGGCGGUACAAAUGCGAUGGUAAACCUUGUUUGUGCUUGCAGUAGCUGCAACGAGUUGAAGGGCAACUAUAUGCCCGAUGAUUUUGCAGCCGCAACGGGUUCAUUUUGAAGGGGAACGUGAACAAGCUCCGCGAGAUGUUCUUGCAAAGCAGGAAUGCUUGCAGCUGCCAGCACUGAUUGCAGACUGCUGGAUUGCAGACCGUGUGAUGCAGCAAAA